AUUAAAACAAAGAAAUUUGGCGGAACGCUUCAGAGCGAACGAUGUACAUUUCAUUCAUCGGGCGAUUGUGAACCGCAAACGGUCUAACGGAGUUUUGUGUACUAGCUUUCCAGUGCAUGCGAUGGAGGUCAGCACGGAGGAAGGAUAUUUCCACAAGUACGCGAAAAAGUUCCGCCGGACGGUGACGGCGAAAGAGUUCGACCAGUUCGCCCGCCUAGCGACGGAUCAGGAACGGUUCGCGUUUGUGAACGAGCUGAAAUGGCGCGUAGUGAAUGAAUUACCGCUCGAGCAGUCGUUAGAUAAGGGUAAAUGCUUGGAGCAAGCCCUGCACCACAAGGAGCACGGUGAUCGAUUGCAGCGCGAGGAGGAUUGGGCUGGGGCACUGAAGCGUUACAAUCAGAGCUAUUUACUGCUGCCAGAAGAAAGCGCACUCGAGAAAGCGUACCUGCUAGAUAAUCGAUCGCGGGUACUGCUGCAGCUUGGCAAACUCGACCAAUCGUUGGAGGAUGCAGAUCGGGCAAUCGCUUACGGCUAUCCAGCCGAACAGCUGGCAACGAUCUGGGAGCGCAAGGCGCGUAUCUACCAAACCAAGAAGGAUUUCAAAACGGCCGUCGAGUGUUUCGACCAGGCGGUCCACUAUCUGGCGCAUCGUGCCACUUUAACGCCGGCGGAACGGGAGGCAAGGAUUGAGGAGCUGAAAAAGCUCACCGACACCGUGUACUAUCAGUAUAAAAACGUACAGAAGUACCUAGAACCGCCCAAAGGCACACGCCCGUUUCAACCACAGCUGGACGGGAACGUGCAGUACGAUAGCACCGAGACGGAGGGUCGUUUUGCCACGGCCAAGGCAAAUCUACGUCCUAAUCAGACGAUUCUGAAAGAGAAACCACACGCGGCGACCCUGCUGAAAGAGUACAGCGGUACGCACUGUAGCGAUUGUUUCGAGCGGAUCGAGGUGCUGUACUGUUGUCCGAACUGUACCGACGUAGUGUUUUGUUCGGGCCGGUGUGAGCGGAAUGGGUGUGGAAGCUACCAUCGGUACGAGUGCGGAUAUUUGGGCUCGCUGUGGAAGUCCGGCGCUACUAUCGUUAGCUUGCUGGCACUGAGAAUCGUAACGCAGAAGCCUGCCGCUUACUUCGACGAGAUACGUCCAGAGUUGCCGGGAUUAAGCGCCAGCGUUACGGAUAAGCUCCCGGAUGAUGACUAUCGGAAGAUAUUUAAUCUCGUCACACACUCCGAUAAGCGUAGCGCGGAGGACAAUCUCAUCUGGACGCUAAUGGCUACCAUGCUCAACUCGGUCCUGAGGAUGUCGAACUACCGGGAAGAACCACAGGAAGAUAACUUUCUAGGAUAUCUUCUGCUGCACAAUCUGCAGAUCGUCAACUACAAUGCGCAUGACGUGUCCGAGGUGCAGCGCAAGCAUGCGAACGACACCGGACUGUCGGUCGCCGUGGGAGCCGCGCUCUACCCAAUGUUGGCACUGUUCAAUCACUCCUGCGAUCCCGGUAUUGUGCGGUACUUCACCGGCACGACCGUGCACGUUCGGACGAUUAAGAAUAUCGCUGCCGGUGCGAUAAUCGCUGAAAACUAUGGACCACUUUACACGCGAAUGUCCCGCCCGGAGCGUCGCCAACUGUUGGCCACCAAUUACAUGUUCGAGUGCAACUGUCAGGCUUGUGCGGCCGAUUGGCCCACGUGCGCGAACAUGAUCCACUCGUUAAUACGGUUCCGGUGUACGGGGGCUGCCGGUUGCCGGGAGGCCGUACCGUACGAUCUUCACUCGGACUGCCAGGGUGUGCGGUGUGGCGCCUGUGGACACAUCGUAGACGUUGGUGAACGGAUCCGGCUGCUACGGGAAGCGAACAUGAUCAGCCGGUUCAACGAGGCAAGCCAUCUCUAUCAGGUAGGAUUGCUAGAGCACGCACUGUCCAAGUAUGCGGCGAUCAUGCUGAUCUUGGACGAGGUGCUCGUACCACCGUAUCGCGAUUAUCACAUGUGCCAGCAGGGUAUGCGGCGCUGCUGUCUCGAUCUCGGAAGCUGUUACGUCUCGUGCCCCGGCAGCGAUAAGUAACACAUCAUUCUCCAACAUUCUGCCAACAGAAGAGGAAAAAAACCAAAAAGAUCACAUUCAUUCGAACGGUUCAGAACACGUGGUUGUUGGGUUGUUGUUUACAACGGUACGCAGAAGACGCGUUGUCAUGGGUACGUACCUGUGCCUCUAUACGAACAGCUCCACUAAGCCGGAACGUUCCGACGUAUUGAUCGAAAAACUUCCGCCUGUUUGCGCUGUUGCGUAAAUAAAACCGGCCAGCUCCAAUGAGCCGUUGGCCUUACGCGUGCGCACCGA